AUGCCGAUCCGUCCGCUAGGUGAAUGGGCCGCUGCCCGCACCCAGUCUCUUCCUCUUUCCGCCCUCAAAGGGGCCGUCGUUGGUAUCGAUGCGUCGCACUAUAUUUCCCAGCACCUCCUCCACCACUCAACACGCGAGCCUCUCCUGGUCGCCCUGGGCGGCUUCCCCUUUGCGCUGAAGAGCAACAUCGAGAAGGAAUUGCAGAUAUUCAAGGAAUUGGGUGUGGGCUGUCUGUUCGUUUUCAAUGGCCUCGAUUUUGGGAAAAAGGACCAGCGACCUCAAGCGCAAGCAGAGUCGGUACGGGCCUUUGAACAAGCUUGGGAGCUUUACGAUCAACAGCAGGCGGACCAGGUUGUCGACGCAUUCAGCAGUGCCGGCACUCCGCGGCCCGGAUCUCUCUACAAAUUCUUGCAGCGCAUUCUGUACCAGAACGGUGUAGAUUUCAUUGUGGCGCCGUAUAGUGCUGCAGCUCAGCUUUCCUAUCUCGCCCAAGGCUCGAACCCUGUGAUCGAUACAAUUUUUGGGCCCUCCGAAGUCCUGUUGUUCGAUGUCGACAAAUUGAUUACACGGAUUGAUAUCGAACCUUCCCAGUUUCUAUGGAUCACCAAGCAAUCCUGUCAAGAGGAAUUGGGCCGGCUGUCGAGUGACCAGUUUCUCGAUUUCUGCCUACUACUGGGCUCUUCCUUCCUGCGAACGAUCCCGGCCUUCGAAAACCCAGCAUUUCCAGGAAAAGCCGUCACCGUUCGUGAUGCUUUGCCAGUAUUCAAUCAAGCCGGACGAAACGCGCUGGCCCUCUGCGCCCAGUUUGAGGAGGAUCGCCGCAUGCAGGAUAUCCAGUACACGGACCUUUACAAGCGUGCAUUCAUGACCGUCAAGCAUCAUGUCAUCAUGGACGUAGACGGCAAAGUCGCGCCCAUGGACUCGGACAACGCUCCCUCUGACAUGCAUGAACUUAUUGGCCAGCGACUGCCUGAAGAGCUCUACUUUUACUUGUCGCGGGGUGUUCUCGGUCCUGAAAUUCCCAACAAUCUCACAUCUGGUGAGGUCAAGAUUUCCCUACCAUUAGGGGUUGAAGACACCGAGAUAUAUCGUCAGACGGCGAGCACUACACUCACCCCUAUCAGGACACAAUCGAUAUGUCUGCUUUCGAACUCGCUCCACAGGUUCUACCAGACCAAAAUGAUCAAUGUUCGUACUUGGUUCGAUGAGAAGUCGGAUACAUCGAUCAAUCUGAAGACCCUUCCUUCCGUCAAAGAGACCAUCCAGGCUUGGAAAAUCCAUAGUCAUCAAUUACCGGACGAAUUGAAGAAGUUGCAGAGCACCACGUCUCCCUUGAAGUUUGCUGUACAGAGCUUGAAAGACGGCGAUGUCAUUUCCAAGUCUUUCACAGCAUCAAAAGAUUCUCAAAAGCCCUUAUCGACGCAAGAGGAGAUUCUCGCCAACGUUUACUGGCGGUUCCUUCAAUUGCGCGGCUAUAUUGAUGAGAAGAACCAGCUUACUCCGUGGGGCGUCUGCCUCGAACAAGCGCUUUCCGUGCUCGAUCCGUCCGGAAAUCUGGAAGAGGCUACACUCCUUGCUAUUGAGAUGGCUCGAUUUGGUCUUCUGAACUCCAGACAGUGGUUUUCUCAUGUCUCAGGAGGGCCGAUGAGAGGCUCGGAUGAGGAUAAGAAGUUCAAUAUUUUGAUCUCACGCGUUGCUUGUAUUGCCAAAUUGCAACACAAGAACAUUGGAUAUUCAGGACCGCUGAGCAGACAAUUACUCUGCUAUCGCUCAUUGAUCUCCGAAGUCCGGUCUACACUGAGGGAUCUGAUCGAAGUCGUCUUGACUGGCCUUCUCCUCAGUGGAGAUGCUGUUCGGGAUCGGAAUGACUGGAGUGAAUUGAGUCUCAAGCUGCCAUUUAUUGAUGACAACGAUUGCGGCCUCGGCAUUGCCGUCCGCACCUAUCUUGAUGAUUUGCCCCUACAGGCAGACCCGACUUCGCCAGAGGCACGGGCCGAGGUGAAGUCUAAGGGUAAAGAAUGGUUCCAACAUAGUGACAGCUUUGCGGGCAAUCUUGACAAGGCAUUCAAACUCUGGGAUGCGGUUUACAAGGGUACGCAGAACGCUGGCAGGGAUUUCAAGGAUGCCCAACAGUGGAAGGACGCCAAUAACUGGUUGGCUGAGCGACGAUGA